CGCAGGCGGCGGCGGAGCGCGGGGCGCUAGCGGCAGGUCCAGCUGCCGGCGACUAUGCCCGAGCCCACCUCCGGGCAGCCGCCGCGCGCCGCCCGGUCCCCGGCUGGGGACGAUGCCAGACGCCCGGGAGAGGCCAGGGCAGCGGCGGCGGCGCGAUGGUAGUGACAAGCUCUGCCCGAGGCGGCGGCGGGGACCGCACGCCCUCCAGGCGGCGGGGCUGCAGACUUUCGGCGCCUGGGGCCGCGGCGCUGCUGGUCGGGGCGAGCUGCCUGUGCUACGGCCGCUCCCUGCAGGGCGAGUUCGUGCACGACGACGUGUGGGCGAUCGUCAACAACCCCGACGUGCGGCCCGGCGCCCCGCUGCGCUGGGGCAUCUUCUCCAACGACUUCUGGGGCAAGGGCAUGGCCGAGAACACCAGCCACAAGUCCUACCGGCCGCUCUGCGUCCUCACCUUCAAGCUAAACAUCUUUUUGACUGGCAUGAACCCAUUCUACUUUCAUGCAGUAAAUGUCAUUUUACACUGCCUAGUGACCCUUGUGCUGAUGUACACCUGUGACAAAACUGUCUUCAAGAAUCGUGGACUUGCUUUCGUUACAGCAUUGCUUUUUGCUGUGCAUCCUGUUCACACAGAGGCGGUGGCCGGAAUUGUUGGCAGAGCUGACGUGUUGGCAUGCUUGCUGUUUCUGUUAGCCUUUCUCUCCUACAGUAGGAGUGUGGACCAGUGUCGUGUUGGGGAAUGUUUCCCUCCCACGGCUUCUCCCUUCUUCCUGCUGCUCAGUCUGUGUCUGGGGACCUGCGCUAUGCUGGUGAAAGAGACGGGCGUCACGGUGUUCGGCGUGUGCUUGGUUUAUGAUCUCUUUUCUUUAUCCCACAAUCAUGAUAAAUCGAGCAAUGGGGUCGUCCAUCAGCGCAGCCCACAGCGGCCCGGGAGCUCCCUGCCCACCGCACCGCCCGCGUACCCUCUCCGGGAAAACGGGAAGCAGCAGCGGUUCCCUCACAAAGGAGCUUGGGGUGGCUGCCAUACUCCAUUGCCACCUGAACCCAAGAGCAGUGGAUUCCCUGUGUCUCCUCGAGCUGUGUGGUCCUUGAUGAGGUAUCUGACAGCAAGCCGCAAUAGAAAUUUCUUGCUUACCAUGAGGCCAUUCUUAAAAAGGGCCAUUUUGGUCAUAAGUUAUGUUAUUGUUGUUCUGUACUUCCGUCUGUGGAUAAUGGGAGGAUCUAUGCCCCUCUUUUCAGAGCAGGAUAAUCCAGCUUCAUUUUCACCUUACAUUCUUACAAGAUUCCUUACCUAUUCCUACCUCUUGGCCUUCAACGUGUGGCUUCUGCUUGCACCUGUUACCCUGUGCUAUGACUGGCAGGUGGGCAGUAUUCCUCUGGUAGAGACCAUAUGGGACACGCGGAACUUAGCCACCAUCCUUCUGGCAGUUGUGAUGGCCUUACUGAGCCUUCAUUGUUUAGCAGCCGUCAAGAGAUUGGAGCACAGGGAAGUUUUGGUGGGCUUGUUGUUCCUGGUUUUCCCGUUCAUCCCAGCCAGCAACCUCUUCUUCAGGGUGGGUUUCGUGGUGGCCGAGAGAGUGCUAUACAUGCCUAGCAUGGGCUACUGCAUCCUUUUCGUGCAUGGAAUGAGCAAGCUGUGCACAUGGCUGAAUCGCUGUGGGGCUGCCACCCUGAGCGUGUCCACUGUGCUGCUGCUGCUGCUUUUCUCCUGGAAAACCGUGAAACAGAAUGAAAUUUGGCUGUCGAGAGAGUCCCUAUUCAGGUCUGGAGUUCAGACUCUGCCCCACAAUGCCAAGGUUCACUACAACUACGCCAAUUUCCUGAAGGACCAGGGUCGGAACAGGGAAGCCAUCUACCACUACAGAACGGCCCUCAAGUUGUAUCCGCGCCAUGCAAGUGCCCUGAACAACCUUGGAACACUGACCAGAGACACAGCAGAGGCAAAGAUGUACUAUCAGAGGGCUCUCCAGCUAAAUCCACAGCACAACCGGGCUCUUUUCAAUCUUGGGAAUCUCCUUAGGUCUCAGGAGAAAAAGGAAGAGGCUAUCAUCUUACUGAAAGAUUCCAUUAAAUAUGGUCCCGAGUUUGCAGAUGCAUAUUCAAGCUUAGCUUCAUUACUGGCUGAGCAGGAGAGGUUUAAGGAAGCUGAGGAAAUAUACCAGGCUGGAAUAAAGAACUGCCCAGAUAGCUCAGACUUACACAACAACUAUGGAGUUUUCCUAGUUGAUACUGGCUCUCCAGAGAAGGCAGUGACCCAUUACCAACAGGCCAUCAGACUUAGCCCGAGCCAUCAUGUAGCCAUGGUGAACCUGGGGAGACUCUACAGGUCACUGGGAGACAACAGCGUGGCUGAAGAAUGGUACAAACGCGCCUUGCAGGUGACACGCAAAGCUGAGAUAUUAUCACCGUUGGGAGCUCUAUAUUACAACACUGGCAGAUAUGAAGAGGCUUUGCAGAUUUACCGGGAAGCUGCAUCCCUUCAGCCUUCCCAAAGGGAACUCCGCCUGGCACUGGCUCAGGUUUUGGCCGUGAUGGGUCAGACAAAAGAAGCUGAAAAGAUGACCAAUCACAUUGUGUCAGAGGAGACUGGGUGCCUUGAAUGCUAUCGCCUGUUGUCUGCUAUCCACAGCAAGCAGGAGCAGCACGACAAGGCACUUGAUGCUAUAGACAAGGCUCUGAAGCUGAAACCAAAGGACCCAAAAGUUGUAUCUGAACUUUUUUUCACAAAAGGAAAUCAACUAAGAGAGCAGAACCUUCUUGACAAAGCUUUUGAGAGCUAUAAAGUGGCCGUGGAAUUAAAUCCAGAUCAAGCACAGGCCUGGAUGAACAUGGGUGGAAUCCAGCACAUCAAGGGAAACUACGUGUCUGCAAGAGCUUAUUAUGAGAGAGCCUUACAGCUGGUUCCAGACAGCAAACUGCUGCAGGAAAAUCUUGCCAAAUUGGAUCGUCUAGAAAAAAGAUUACAAGAAGUUCGAGAAAAGGAUCAAAUGUAGCAGCAUUUGACCAAGUCUCCAAGGGACAGUACUGGUGCCUUUGGAAGAGGAAGAACUGACAGACGGAAGCCUUGCUUACACAUCAGUUGGGGCACAACCGAUGAAGUUUUCCUCUUACUCGAGUUCAGGGUGGCACAUUUUGGGACACUUGCUGGUAACCCUGUGCUGGGGACUUGCAUUUCCAUGAAAGAAGACAAAGAGAGCAAAGCAAGGGCUGGAAGGGCCUGAAGGAAGGAAAACAGCAGCUACACGUUUGACAGACGUUUGUUUGCUUUAAUUCCAGAUUUCCAUUCAUAUGUCUGUCUGAUUUUCCAACCUGGAAAUCUAAUUCCAUUUCUUAGUGUAGAUAUUUGUGUCUCAGAAACAGAGGCUUGAAAUGCUAUGAGUGCAUGGCAUCUCUUCUUUAGGAGAGGAGAUAUUUCAGAGAGGGUAAAUCCUCUGGGAUAAACCAUUUGAGAAAUUCUACCAAGAGGUAGCUCAUUUAAUUCUCCAGAACUAGAAAUGAGUAUCUAACAGUGUUUGUAAAAACCUUCUGGAAUAUAUGGGGAAAGGGGCUAUUGUAAGAUAAAGCUAAGUAGGGUUUGUCUAAUAUCCUUCUGAGGAUAGUGCUAGAGCUCUAUUGAGAAGUAAAUUAAAUUCCACUCUGAUACAAGCUGUUUUCCCAUUGCCUAAUAUGUCAAAAAGGAAGCUUCUGGAAUUGUGUAUGAGUAUUCUUAUUCCUAGGGAAAAAUCUAGGGUCUUGCUACCCCUGACUCUUCAUGGAAAUGUUUUAAAUUAAUUUUAUUACAAGUAUUACUAGAGUAGUGGUUCUGCUCUAAGAUUUCAUAAGUGCUUUUAAAACUCGUAAAUGUUUCUGCCUCCAAAUAUACUGUUAUUUUGGUGGAGAAAAAAAUAGUAUAUUCUACAUGAGAAAUAUUAAAGAUAUUAAUUGAGAGAAAUGUUCUACUUUAUUAUCUUAACACUCAGACGUUCUGAGAUUAUUUUUUGAAAAUAUAUUUAACCACUGAGGAAUCUUUAUGGUAGAUUACAGAAAUCUUCAUAGACUCUAAAUAGAUGGACAGCUCUAUUGAUUUGUCUUCCUAGGCUUAAUGAGAAUUCUGUGCUUAGAACAUGAAUGAUAGAACCUGCAGUUCCUGGUUCUGUAUUUGUAAUUUUGGAGAUUUCAUGGAGAAUGCUCAAAAAAUCUAGGAAAAAAUGUCUAAAUUCAUAACUUUAAAAUAUAUAUUUAUAUUUAAAAGAUAGGGAUGGCAAAGUUGAAUUUACAAUUUGUCUCUUAGUGUUAUUUAUUUCAUAACUUAUAAAAUAUUUAAUAUAUACACACUUUUUUCCCUGUACAUAGUGGUUUUAAUAGCAGUUUUCACAACUGAUCAUGCAAAAAUUAUAAAUCUAAAUUACAAGGUAGUUAAGUUUUAACAGCCCCUAAAAAAAUUUGUCUUGACUCUUCACUUGCUAAAGCUAAAGAAAUUAGGAAUCAGCCUUCCGUGUUUGGGAGGUAAUAUAUUUUGAAAUUGAAGGAAUUGGAAUACUGAUUCUCAUUUGGUUUUCAUCAUAAACUUAAAAAAAAAACAAAAACCCACUCUGGUCAGUGCUGUUCCUGGCUAAGCCAGGUGUCAUACACAUGUCGGAGCCUGAAGACACGCGUAUGUCACACGCUCAGGCCAGAGCAAGAAGCCUUCUGCUUCUUUUCGACCCCAGUAUCAGAGACCACUGCCUCUCUAUGUUGUUAUUAUUAUUUUUUUGUCAAGGUAAAUCUAGAUAAAAGGAGGAAAAACUUCUUUGGAAAGGGAUGAUGCCAGGAAUAUUUUAAAUGCAAAGGAUUACGGAAUUUGAAUUAGCAAAUUCUGUUUGUGUGUAUUCUGUUUGUGUAUAUCAAUAAUCCAAUAAUGUAUGUAUUACCACUCUGAUCUUCUGUUUCUAAUAGUCUUUUAAUGUUAUAUAUCAUAAAUGUAUCCAAAAUUUCAUUUAAAAUAUUUUUAUUCCCUCCCAAAUUAUACUUCUGUAGCCCUAAGGUCAAGAAAUGUACUAAAGUAUUUAUUGUAAAAUAACUACUCCAUCCCCAAAAUGAAAAACAUGAAGCCCUAGCUAAAAACAAUAUCUAGGACUUUAAUUACAACUUUUUAGUUUUAGUGUAAAAAAAACUCAUACUUAGAAAGUUAAUGGAAAAGAUAGAGCCCCAAAUUUUGAAAAGCAAUUACGCCUUACUUGAAGGGCUGCUAAAGAUAGGCGAGUACAUUUGUUGGAAUAAUUGAAAUGGCUAUUACAGCCUAAAAGUUUCUGAGAGAAAAUGGUCACUGGCCUUCAGGAGACUUUUCCUGCCUUCUUUUGGGUGUUUUUCUCUCUUCCUCUGUUCUCUGUCUCUCUAUCUCUCUCUCCCCCUCUCUCUCCUGCCCUCUCUCCCUUGCCCCUUCUCUCUCUCCCCCUCCCUCUCUCUGUCUUUCUCACUCUGUCACUCUGUCUCGUUCUUUCUGCACUCACUGGCAUCUCUUUGAACAUUAAAAGU